UUCCUGGUUUCCUCUAAUAAUGCAUCUAGUAUGGUUGACUGCAUGGCUAGCAUUAUACAUUCAAUUCACUGCCUCCACUGCACCCACCUGUCAACUGAAAAGUCUUCGUGUAGAAGGGUUGAAAGUGCCAGGGGAUGUCAUAAUUGGAGCUACUUUUCCAGUCCAUGAGAACAAAGUUUUCCCAAACAGGAACUUUAACGAUUACCCAGGCGCUGUUCAGUGUUACAGUUUCAGCUUUCGUUCAUAUCGCUGGCUGCAUGCCAUGAUGUAUGCCAUUGAAGAAAUCAAUGCCAGCCCUGCUUUGCUCCCCAAUAUCACCCUGGGCUACAGCAUUUAUGACUCCUGUGAUAUCAUUCCACGAGGAAUUGAAGGUGUCUUAUGGAUGGUGUCAGGAACUGACGAGGUAGUUCUCAAUUACCGCUGUUAUGCACAAGCCCCACUUGCUGCAGUCAUUGGAGACAGCGCAUCAUCUGUAUCCAUUCCCAUGACCAACAUACUAGGCAUCUACAACUACCCUCAGAUAAGCUACUUCUCUUCAGCCAUGUCUCUAGCCAACAGACAUAAUUUCCCUACAUUUUUCCGAACAAUUCCAAAUGACAUGAUUCAGUCACUGGGCUUAGCCCAGCUAGUUAAACACUUUGGCUGGUCUUGGGUAGGUGUAUUGGCUGAUGAAGAUGACUAUGGACAAGGUUUAUCUACAAUCUUUAAGCAAGAAGCUCAAAAAUUGGGGAUCUGUAUUGAAUUCCUAGAGAAGGUUCCAAUUUUAUAUUCAGAGAGUCAUACACACCGUAUUGUUGAGGUCAUUAAGACAUCUACUGCUAAAGUUGUGGUCGUUUUCUCCUGGGAGACUUAUUUAUAUCCCAUUAUGAUGGAAAUUGACAAACAAAACAUCAAUGAGAAGAUCUGGAUUGCAAGUGAAGCAUGGUCCACAUCUUCAGCACUUUCAAAAAAUCAAGUUUUCACAAUGCUAACAGGAAGUGUUGGAUUUGCCAUCCACAGAGGGGAAAUUCCUGGUUUUAAAAAAUAUCUUCUAGGUCUCCAUCCUUUAAAGUCUCCUAAUGAUAUAUACCUCAGGAUUUUCUGGGAAGAAGCUUUUAAGUGCAGAUGGAAGAAUCAAGAUAUUCUUCCAGAAACUGAAAAUAGUACCCUGUCAUGCACAGGAAAGGAAGAACUAGGAAAGCUGGAAAACACCUUCUUGGAUGUAUCUAACCUACGGAUGACUUACAACACCUAUAAUGCAGUCUAUGCUGUGGCAUACGCUCUUCAAAAUCUCUAUAAUUGUCAGCCUGACAAAGGGCCCUUUGUUGGAGGAUCCUGUGCAUACAUUAAAAAUUUUGAACCCUGGCAGAUUCUCCACUAUAUGAAGAAUGUUCACUUCAGGACUUGGGCAGGAGAAGAGAUAUAUUUUGAUGAAAAUGGAGACCCCCCUGCUCUGUAUGAUAUUGUGAACUGGAAACCUACCACCAGUGGAGACAUUCAGUAUAUUAAAGUGGGCAGCUAUAAUUCCAGUGCACCUCCUGGGAAAGAACUUGUCCUGAUAGACAGUGCUAUCCUCUGGCCAGGAGAGAAGAAACAGGUCCCACUUUCUGUUUGUAGCGAAAGCUGUCUCCCUGGAUGGCGUAAAGCAACAAGGCAAGGGCAACCUAUUUGCUGCUUUGACUGCAUCCCAUGUUCUGAGGGAGAGAUCUCCAGUCAUAAAGACUCUACUGAAUGUCUGCCUUGUCCAGAUGACCAAUGGCCCAAUGAGCGACGUGAUAUUUGUGUUCCCAAGAUGGUUGAAUUCCUGUCCUACAGUGAGCCUUUAGGCAUAGUUCUUGCUGUCCUCUCUAUUGUCAUCUCAGUGGUACCCAAAUCAAUUCUAGGACUCUUCCUUUGGUACCGCCACACACCCAUUGUAAAAGCGAACAAUCGACAGCUCAGUUAUGUGCUACUGUGUGCACUCACUCUGUGCCCACUCUGCUCUUUAAUCUUCAUCGGUAAACCAUCAUCAGCAUCCUGUAUCCUGCGUCAGACCAUGUUUGCCAUCAUAUUUGCCCUCAGUGUCUCUUGUGUACUGGCCAAAACAAUCAUGGUAAUAAUUGCCUUCAAAGCCUCCAAACCAGGCAGCAAUCUACACAGAUGGGUGGGCUCUCGACUGCCCAAUACCAUUGCUUGUUUGGGCACCUUAAUACAGGCUGGCAUUUGUGCCUUAUGGCUUGGGUAUGCACCACCAUUCCCACAAAACAAUAUGAACUCCCAGGUUGGAAAAAUUAUUCUAGAGUGCAAUGAAGGGUCAUCCCUUGCAUUUUGGUGUAUGAUGGGAUAUAUGGGUAUCCUUGCCAUUGUUAGUUUUGUAAUUGCAUUUCUGGCACGGAAGCUUCCAAACAGUUUCAAUGAGGCAAAAUUCAUUACAUUUAGUAUGUUGGUGUUUGUUAUUGUGUGGCUGUCCUUUAUUCCUUCCUAUCUCAGCACACGUGGCAAAUACACGGUUGCGGUAGAGAUAUUUGCGAUUCUUUCAUCAAGUGCCGGUCUUCUGGGCUGCAUCUUCUUCCCCAAAUGCUAUGUAAUCCUGUUGAAGCCAGAAAGGAACACACGAGAUUUCCUCAUGGGCAAAGGAUCCUCAACCAACAAAAAGAAGUGA